CCAGCGCCAAGGAGGUGGCGCGGGAGCAUUCCCCGCCCUGGCGACACCCGCGGUCUGGACCCGCCUGCGCAGCCGGAACGUGGGAACCCGAGGUGUACAGGCGCAUCCGGGUAGCUGAGGCCGCACGAGUGCGAGCCGGUAGAGGGCCUUCGAGAAGAAAACGGCGACAGCGCCCCCAGUCGGUCUGCAAAGCCAGCAGCGCGGAUACCUGUGAAGCCCCGGAUUAAGGCGAGCUCAUCAGUUGAGCUCCCCACAGCCAGGGUCCCUGCACAUUGGUUUGGGAAGGGGAUCCUGACCCCGAGAAGGAAAGGAAGCGGCCCAAGGUCACAUUGUAGUCCUGCCUUCCAGCCCCGCGCUUUGGACACUGCCCCCUUCUCCACCGUAUCUCCUCUGUUCUUUCCGGCAACCCUCCUCAUCCUCCCGGGUCCUCCAGGAGGUUCUAUUCUCCCGAACAGGGACACGCUCCCUUCUUCCUGCUGCGCCCUCUGGAAGGAUGCUAGACAGAGGUCCGGCCGCCGGUCCAGCUGCCUUGAGCACUAGCCAAGCCGGCGGUUGCUAGAGUAUCGGACGGGGCACAGGACCGAGGCAGGAGGAGGACCGAGCAAGGUGGAGGCGCCGCGGUAGCAGGCUGAGGAUACUGGGCCGGUCAGCCAAAAUCUGAACAUAGUCAGCUGAUGAGGAGUCACCGUCUAACCCUGCGAGGUGAUGCAGAGGCACAUGUUUCACCAUGGAGGGCCGCCCGCAAGCCUCCUGCUGCCGAGAUCCUUUAUGACGCAGCAAAUGUACUUUCUACCCAAGCGUUGGAUCCCGUCCCUGCAUAGGGCAUAACUCCCGGCAGGCGAGGAAGCUGACGUUUGAAAUAACCCGCCAGGAGGAGGCUGAUCAUUCUACAUCUUGUGGCCACAAUGCUGACUGUCCGCCUCUCCAGACCCCUGUCAAAACUACCAGGAAAGACCCCGAGUUUCUCUGAUAGAGAAAAUGGAACAAGGCGCACACUGCUGUUUUCCUCCUCCUCCUCGGUCCCUGUGGGUCGUCGAACUUAUGCUGAUACUGUGAACCCGGUUGGCAGCAAAGCUCUCCUGGUCACAGGAUGUGAUUCCGGAUUUGGGUUCUCCUUGGCCAAGCAUCUGCAUUCUAAAGGCUUCCUUGUGUUUGCUGGCUGCUUGCUGAAGGACAAAGGGGAUGCUGGAUCCAAGGAACUGGACAGCUUGAAGAGUGAUCGCUUGAGAACUGUUCAGCUCAAUGUCUGCAAAAGUGAGGAGGUGGAGAAAGUGGUGGAGCUCAUCCGCUCGAGCCUGGAGGACCCCGAGAAAGGCAUGUGGGGCCUGGUUAACAACGCGGGCAUCUCAACAUUUGGGGAGGUGGAGUUCACCAGCAUGGAGACCUACAAGGAGGUGGCAGAAGUGAACCUCUGGGGCACAGUGCGGACAACAAAGUCCUUCCUCCCCCUCAUCCGCAGGGCCAAAGGCCGCAUCGUCAACAUCAGCAGCAUGCUGGGCCGCAUGGCCAACCCGGCGCGCUCCCCGUACUGCAUCACCAAGUUCGGGGUGGAGGCUUUCUCUGACUGCCUGCGCUACGAGAUGCACCCUCUGGGUGUGAAGGUCUGUGUGGUGGAACCCGGCAACUUCAUCGCUGCCACCAGCCUCUACAGUCCCGAGCGCAUCCAGGCCAUCGCCACCAAGAUGUGGGACGAGCUGCCUGAGGUGGUGCGCAAGGACUACGGCAAGAAGUACUUUGAUGAGAAGAUCGCCACCAUGGAGACCUACUGCAACAGUGGCUCCACCGACACCACCCCCGUCAUCAACGCCGUCACCCACGCCCUGACCGCCGCCAACCCCUACACCCGCUACCACCCCAUGGACUACUACUGGUGGCUGCGGAUGCAGAUCAUGACGCACUUGCCCGGAGCCAUCUCCGACAGGAUCUAUGUGCACUGAAGAGUUUCCAGCUGGAGCCUGGUGGGAGGGGUGAGGAGGAGGGAGGGAAGAAGGAGCUUGUAGAGUCACCUCCUCAUUACCCACUUGUGGAUUGCCCACCGUCCCAGGAAGACCCACUACCAGUACUAGCAUCAGCCCGAGGGGUAGCCCAGCCCGACUGCGUGCGCCGUGUGUGCUCGGGCCUCCUCUGCCGGGGCUGGAGUGGUGGGCUGGGCCCCUAAACUUCAGGGCAGACAUGGUGCAUCUGUGUUUCUGGAGUUGAUUUUAUACAAAGA